AUGCAGACUAAUAGUGUUAGUACCACCACAACACCACCGAUUGCACUGAUUCGAUGGUGGUUUACAAAAACAAAAGAAGAACGUCAAGAGUUUCUUCAAAGCCGAACAACAUCUGAAAAAGCGCGUGAAAAUAUUCACGUGGUGGAAUGUUUUGCAAAGAAUCACUCAUACUUUGUGGCCUGUGCAACAAACUUAGAAGUCUGUCCUCUACCACCCCUCACAUCUGUGCCAGGUUGUACACUACUAGGUUGGGAGUAUGGUGUUUGGCUUCCACUCUCCAUGCAUGAUGAGACUACGUAUGGUGGACGAUAUGCACCCACACAGAGUAGAGAAAUAAGACGACGGGUAACGCAUCGUCUACUCAAUGAGGUACGGGCACGCACAGCAAUGGUACUUCGUGACUACAAUACUUCUUCACAAACAACGUCGUCAUCACAGCAAACAGGUAAUAAAUGGGUUUAUAGUGUAUCAAACAUUAUAGUGGAGACCCUUGUAGAGGCUUGCAUGGCUGCAGUCUACCGCCUUGGUCUUCCAGACGCUCUGGAGAAAAUUGAAAAUGAAAAGGCACAAUCUGCAGCAACAGUGUCACAGAAUCAGCGAUACACAGAAGAAGAAGCAGCAACACAACCUGUUGGGGCACGUCGAGCCACUGCGCAUGCCUCCCUGGGAGUAUGGAUGCUGCUCUGUUCAAAACAAGCGAGAAGAGGAACUGGGGAAAGUGAAGGAGAGUUGAUUCCAUCCGCAGCAUCCAUCUCAGGGUUUAUGUGUGGUGGUAAACGUGGACGAAAUAAUGAUAAUAAUACCGAUGGCGUUGCACAAGUACCGCAUGAUGCAGAGAAAAACACUUGGCGAAUGUUGCGGGAACAACUUGCCCCACCCACAGAGGACACAUUGUAUCAUAAGAGCAACGAUGGUGAUCAAAUGGAUGACUACGAUGGAUUGAUGACGACUCUGGUUCCUCACACGAGUCCACUCAUCAAGAUCUCUGCUCUGGAUAUGCGGUUCGGCAUCGCUAAGGCUCUAAAUGGCCUCCGUAAAUGCACAGUUUGA